AUGGCGGAUUACUAUGAAAUUCUAGGAGUACAGAGAUAUGCUUCACCUGAGGACAUUAAAAAGGCUUAUCACAAAGUGGCUCUUAAAUGGCACCCUGAUAAAAAUCCGGAAAAUAAAGAAGAAGCAGAGAGAAGAUUUAAAGAAGUAGCUGAGGCAUACGAGGUGUUAUCAAAUGAUGAAAAACGAGACAUAUAUGAUAAAUAUGGCAAAGAAGGAUUACAUAAUGGAAGUGGAAGUCAUUUUGAUGAUCCUUGUGAGAACGGCUUCAGAUUCCGUAAGCCAGACGAUGUCUUUAAUGAAUUUUUUGGCCAAAGGGACCCAUUUUUGUUUGACUUCUUUGAAGACUCGCUUGAGGACCUUUUAAUUAGUCCAAGAUGCCCCUAUGGAAGCAGAAGCAGCAAAGGUACAGAAUCCUUUCCCUCUACCUUCAGUGAAUAUCCGGCUUUUGAGAGAAGAUUUUCUUCAUAUGAUAGAGGAAAUACAUCAUAUGGUUCACUGGGGCACGAGGGCCUUAGUUCAUUCUCUUCCAUGGCAUUUGAGGAUAGUGGGAUGAGCAACUACAUAUCUGUUACAACUUCAGGUAAAGCAGUUAACAGUGGAAACAUAAAUAUGAAGAGAAUAAUUGAGAAUGAUCAAGAAAGAGAAGAAGCUGAAGAUGAGGGUGAGCUGAAGUCCUUCCUCAUGUAUGGUAUGGCUGAUGACGAGGGCUUUGUAGAAGAAUGCAGCUGGAGAAGACAGUCAUUCAGCAACUAUUCACCAAAUUCCUACAGUCCCAAACAUGUACCUCAGUGUACUUUUGUGGACAAUGAUGAGCAAGGUACACCUUGGGUCAACGGCAGCUGGGAUCCCUGCAUUUUCUCAGCAGGAUUCAAAGAAGGUGGUAAGAGAAAAAAAAAGAAGCAUAAAGAGGUGAAGAAGAAGAAGUCAACCAAAAGGAAAAGCUAAACUGAUUCUUCAGACACAUUAUGUUCAUAUAACAUUUGAACACGACUCUGUGUGUUUUGGUUAAUCAGUUUUGUAGGUAACAUUUAAUGUUAUAUUUUGUAUUUUUAAUAUUGCUAGCAGGACUGUGGACAUUUGGACAGUAGUUCUUUGGACUAGGUAUGUCAGACAAAGAUGAGUCUGUGGUGACAGUUGGUGACGUUACGAAUUUAGAAAACAGCAAAGAUUUUUUUCUAAGUUUUGAGCUAAAUAUUUGAAUAUAAUAGAAAUUUUCUUUUGUAGAGUUUUGGAUCUACUUUAUUCCUUUUAAGGAGCCCUGGUGGUGCAGCGGCUAAAGCGUUUUACCGCUAACCUAAAGGUCUGUGGUUCGAAACCACCUGUGGCUCCGUGGGAGAAAGAUGGGCAGUCUGCUGCGGUAAAGAUUUAUAGCCUUGGAAACCGUAUGGGGUUGCUAUGAGUUGGAACUGAGUUGAUUGCAGUGGGUUUGGUUUUGUUACUCCUUUUAACUAAUUAAACCAUUUUACAAAUUUAUAAAAUAUUUAAAUUAUUGAC